UGCUUGGAAAGUAUGUCAGAGAAACUGAGAAAGUAACAACGUCGUAACCUAUCUUUGAUUGUCAACAUGAUUACUAUUUGUCCGUGUUGUCAGAGAUGUUUCUCCGACAAUGAACCUUGACCCCUGAGUGGAAAAUGUCCCAGUUCUCCAACACCGCCUACUCUGUUUAAACGAGUAAUAUUCUUUCAUCUUAUAAUAAAUAUGGACUCCGACGCCCAGGAACUGGCAGACACUUGGGCCAAUUUUAUUCGAGUCGAUAUGAGCCAAGGGAUUAAGAAUGUGGAAAAUUCUAUUGAAGAUACCCUUACAAGGCUAGAUGAGUUUACUGGAGUUAUCGAUUUGCUGAGACGAGAGUCAAACUUCGAGGCGGCCUACACCAUACUGGCAAAAAAACCUGAACUCAUGCUCCUGUUCGAAAGAAUUAGGAAACUCGAAAGAAUCAUCGACACUGUGAAACAGACUGUCAAUUCAUUUGAACACAUUGUCACAACUGCCGAAAGUGAACUUAAUUUUACUCCCGAGGGUAAAUUGUUAAAUUAUAUAAAACCACUAUUUUUUAAAAAACAGAGUGCAAGCCUAACAAGAAGUGGUGCCUUGCCUACUUUUAUAAGUCCAGAAAUAUUCUCAACCAAAGAUUUGUUUGCAGAGUGAUUUAUUCAGUUAUUCAAGGUUCCAUUACAAAUAUUUAAUUUUAUUAAAAUUUUAAUUAAAAAACAACCAUUUUUAAUAUAUAUAUUUUAUGAUAUUAUAAAAAAAAUUAUCUUGUAAAUUUUUUUAAUAUAUUUUUUUUAUACAAGUUAUAUCACUUGUAACAAAACUGAGUAAAUGAUUAUGAUAUAAAUAAGUAAGUUUUUUAAGUGUUUCACAUUUUAACAACUUACAUCUUGGUAUUAAUAUGUUGACAAGUAUAAAUUCUAGACUUGUAUUAGUAAAAAACCAACAUGCAGAUUUCUUAAAGCAUCUUAAAAUGGAAUGAUGAAUUUUUAGGGCAAAAUGUAAAAGAAAAAACGUCUUUCUAUAAAGUUAUAAUGAUGGAGAUGUGUUGUUUUUAUGUUAUUCAUUUUUAAUUAUUUAAUUUUUUAAAAUUAUUAUUGUGAGAUUGUUAAUGAAAUUUAAUUGAAAUAGCGUGCAAGUCAACUAAGAAUUCUUCAACCAAUCUUAGAACAACUAGUUGGACUCUUGGUUUAAAAGAUCGAUUGACUAUUUCAAUAGUAGUGUAUACUAUUUUUAUAAUAAAUUUAAUUCUCAGAUUUAAUAAAGAAUUUCAGUAAACCAUA